AUGUCCGACCUGCCAGGUGUUUCCAUUGAAGGAUUCUUCAAGUGCUCCGUGGACGGUGAAAAGGAGAUUGAUGGAAAGCUUCUGCCAUGGACUCUGGUGGACUAUGUGAAGCAAACAGCACAGGACCUGCAAAACGGGCGCUUGGUGCGUGGCUUCAACUGGAAGGUGAACCAGGCCUUUCCUGAAGAUUGGGCCAACUGGUUCAAGAAGUACUCCAUGCGCCAUAAAGUACGCAUUGUCUUCCUGCAGCGGCGGAACGACCUGCGGCGCAUCUUCAGCGUCGAAGCCAAUCGGCGGAUUCCGGUCUACGCCACGAAGGACGCGAAGGAAGCCACCAAGGACGGGGGGCAUGAGAAAAUCAACUUGGACAUCAAGAACCUCACCCACGACUUGUUGCGCCCCUUGUUCGCGGUGGCGGUCUGGAGGGGUGGUGGGUGUGGUGAGGCCAAGGUUUUCAAGACAGUUGAGGCAGUGUAA